GUACCCCAAGCUCGAGCGUCAAAAACACAUCUCAAUUCAAACUGUAAAACUAACAAUGUUUCAUAGUAGCAAAUCCUCGAAAGCUACUCUGCAUAAGAAACUCUUUGCACCCGUAUCGAUUACUAGUGCUUUGGGAUCUGGUUCUUCUACAGAACCUAAAGCAACGAUACCGGUUUUGUUAUCAGAGGAACCGGUAUUAGAGACAGAAGUACAAGCAGAAGUACAAACACAGGAACAAAAUAUUGUAUCUGUAUCAUCAGAUUCCGUCUCUUCAAUCACACAAUCUGAUUCGGCUCUGUCUCCCGCUGCAAUUUCAACCCCAGUUCCAUCAGUCCCAGUUCCCAACACUCGUUCGAUUGCAAACUCAGUAGAGCCACAGGAUACUCAACCGGAAAUCAAACUUGAUCCAAACAACAUUCAGGUUCUACCUCCCAGUCCUCCUCGAUCCCCUUUUCAUCCACCCUCUUCUGCUUCCUCCUCAUCACACCAAUCCUCACACCAAUCUUCAAGCCACAGACGAAACAUGUCUUCUACUUCCACCACAACCACACAAUUUGGUUCUCCACCCCCUUCAUACACACCUUUCGUUACACCGUCUCUCUCCCCCCAAGCAUAUCCAUAUCACGUGCAGAACCAAUUUGGCCACGCGAACGGCUAUCGAUAUGCGAAUGAAAAUAUGUAUAGCAGUGGGUUUUCAGCGGGUAAUCAAUUUGUAAAUGCGCCUCUGAAUCAUCAACAUAUUCAUAGAACGAGAUAUGCAUCGCCAUCCCCUUCUCCGGGCUUGCAACUUCCGGAUCUUGUGGAUGAGGUGUUGAGAUUGAGAGAUCGGUUGAAUUUGUUAGAGGGGGGUUCUUUGUCUUUGCCGGGUGAGAGGGGUGGUAGUAGGGAACGUGUCAGGGGAAGGGAUAGAAGAGGGGAUAUUGAAAGUAGUGAAGACAGAGCAAGUAAGAAAGCCAAAGAAAUCGAAAGAGAAACUAAAGAAGCAAAAGAGCGAUGGGAAGAGAUUGAGAAAUGCGGAUUGGGGUAUGAGGAUUUUUUGGACGAGUUUUUCGGUAAUGAUUGUAAUGAUUGGAAGAUUGAAAAGUUUGAGUCUGGGAAAGAGGAGGGGCAGGUUGAGAAGGGUCUGUAUCUGGAAUUGGCAGGGGGGGUUGAAUUGGUGGAUGAUGUUUGUGAUGAUGAAGAGAAGGGUAGGCAUGAAUACGAAGACGAAGAUGAUGAAGAGGGGAAAGAAGAAGAAGAGGAGAAGACUGAGAGUGAGGACGAAGAAGAAAAAGAAAGCGAGGAAGAGGAAAACAAAGGAGAAGAGGAAAACGAAAACCCCGAAGACACAACAACACUACUCCCAUCAGUAUUUGUAGACGAACGAGCGAAAUCUCGUUUACACCCCCCGUACUCCUCCUCCUCAUCAACUUUUUCUGCAUACUUCCCUCGCUCUUCUGCUCCGUCAACCCCACAAUACAGCCAACAAAGAUUUGUAGAAACUCCUCCAAAAUCAGCGCCAAUAUGUCCAGAUCCUCCUCAGACUUUUCGACGACAACAACCAGAUCCUUCACUUCCGGAAUUCGGCUGUCAUUACCUCAUAACCGCUGGUUCUAUCCAAAAUAUAACGGUUAUAUAUCCCGCCCCAUCUUUACCGCAAAGUAUGAAUGCUUUGGAAGAAGAGAAGGAAGUUAUUAGAUGUGUGUUGGAGAGAUGGAACAAAGGGAUUAUCGAUAAAUAUGGGCAUUGUCCAUCAAAAAGAGCAUAUGCUGCGAUUAUUUACCCCGAUCCACAAGCCCCCCUCCCUCGCAAAAAACUGCGUAUAGCACUUUCCUUCACCCCUAUAUAUCCCCCUACCUCAUCAGGUUCCACAUCCCCAAUUCCCAUAACCCAGACUCCAACAAACCCAGAAGAUAUAACAACAGAUGCAUCUAUCUAUGUCAGCACUACAAAAGGAUCUACUUCGUUCUCGCUAAGCAAUAAUAAUGGAGUGAUGGAUUCCACAAAGUAUAAAGUGAAAUAUAGCAACCAGGAUGUGCAUGAGAGACACGAUGGGAUUUUGGAAGUGGGAAGGAUGAGAGGAGCUUUGGGGUGUGAAGUAUUUGGGAAGCAAGACCAUGAGAGAGAAAAAGGAAUACAAGAAGAGGGGGGAGAGGAAGAUAGCAUGGAGAACGAGAUAGGAGACGAGGAACAGCAUUGGGAAAACGAAGUGGUAAGAGACAAGUGGAAAGAUGACGGUCACGAGGUGGGAUGGGGAGACGAUAAGAAAAGCUAUGAAUUAGAGAAUGGAGAAGAGAUAGAAGGGGGUUGGAUUUGAAGCAACUGAGCCUCACUCUGCCUAACCUUUCUCCUAUCCCCGCACCAGCUUUCACUGUCCUUCAUAGGAGGUAAAAAAAGCCAAAAAAAAAUAAAUAAAUGAAAAUUGCA